UAGUUCCAGCAAGAUGCUAUCUGUAAUUUGUUUCAGAAACUGGAUGGUGGAUUCAAUUGUCAAAAGUCCGUAUUUUUGAGCGGGACGCACGCACCAUGCCUAUAGCGGACAUACCUGUCUUUGUGUUUGUAGUAGUGGUCAUCGUUGUCUCGUUGCUGUCCAACGUGGUGGUGCUUAUCUGCUUUCUGUACAACCAAGAGAUUCGAAAGCAGGUUCCCGGGUUGUUUAUCCUCAACCUCACCUUCUGCAACCUGUUUCUUACCGUUUCUACCAUGCCUCUAACUCUGGUCGGACUUAUCAACAAAGGAAACCCUGGAAGUAGCGGGUUCUGUCAAACUGUGGGUUUUCUGGACACUUUUCUCACCACGAACUCAAUGCUCAGUAUGGGGGCUUUGAGCAUCGAUAGAUGGGUGGCGGUGGUUUUUCCGCUGAGCUACCACUCCAGAAUACGACACCGGGACGCAGUGAUAGCUCUGGCAUACACGUGGAUACACUCGCUCUCCUUCGCCACGGUGGCCACUUGCCUCUCCUGGGUUGGGUACCAUCACAUUUACGCAUCGUGUACGCUCUGCAAUGCGAGAGCAAGCGACACCCAGACGCAGUUCAUCAUCUACACUGUGGUUUUACACUCGCUCACUUUUCUCCUGACCUUGAUCGUGUUGUGUGUAACGUACCUGAAAGUGCUGAAAGUUGCGCGGUUUCACUGUAAACGCAUCGACGUGAUCACUAUGCAGACCUUAUUGCUGCUUGUGGAUAUUCACCCUAGUGUACGCCAGCGAUGCCUGGAUGAGCAGAGACAGCGGAGGCAGAGAGCCACCAAGAAGAUCAGCACAUUCAUUGGAACGUUUGUGGUGUGCUUCUCCCCCUAUGUCAUUACGAGAAUCGUGGAGAUCCUCACCCCAGGACACAUAAGCCCUCACUGGGGUGUCCUGUCCAAGUGUUUGGCCUACAGCAAGGCAGCCUGCGACCCUUUUGUCUACUCACUGCUCCGAAACCAGUACAGGAAGACAUGCAGUGACCUGGCCAACAAGAUCUUGAAGAGGAGGUCCUUUAACUCCUCCGUCCGCAGGGUGGAGAACGGCAGGACCAACGAUACCAACAACACCAAACCCAUUGUGAAGGGCCUUGCUAUUGCCUGACUAUGGCAAG